AUGCGGGCUUUCCUUAACAUCCUCCUUCUCAUCCAAGCUGCUUUUCUGGCUUCUGCCAACCCUGCUCCUGCUCCUGUCGCCGACAUGAACUGUGCUGACUUGGCCGUGGAUUGCCACAAGUUUGCUGCCUGGUGUACUGAACCCAGGAUGAGUGAAUGGGCAAUAAAGAACUGCGCAAAGACUUGCCAAAUAUUGGAUUAUAUUAUCUGGAGACUGUCUUUGCGAAUGCCUGAUUGCCUGUUUUUGCUAACAGGAUCGUGGAUCGAGUAUACAAUUGCAGUACUGGAUGUAUUCCAUACUUGUGACGCACCAUGGACUUCCUAUGUGACUUGGGAAAGGGACAUUCAUGUGCCCGAAGGUCGAAGGUAUGGAUGUUGGAUUGCAUUGUCUGGUUCGGUCUCCAGCAGCAUCGACAAAAUCCAGCGCUGUCAACAUCCAGAAUACAUAACGAACGGCCAUCCAUCCACACAAUACCCUACUGAAUUGACUUGA